AUGGCCGAAGGGGGAGUCAAGCGAACCGCCUCCCCCACUCGGAGCAUCUCCCCGCCUCCACUUCGCCGCAAAGUUGGAUCAAGUAUCAACAAGGCAUCCGCUGCUUCCUUUUUCACCCCUGCCUCUCAAAAGAAGCCAAAACCGAUCACAUGGCGGGUCAUUGGAACGAGCCUCGUUGUAGGCAAAUAUACACCCGAAAAUACCCCCAGCACACUGCCGGAGAAGGACCGCAAGAUCGCGGCAUUUGAUCUUGACUCAACCUUGAUCAAGACACGUUCAGGAAAUGUGUUUGCUAGAUCAGCAGACGACUGGAAAUGGUUCGAGGGCAAUGUCCACGUUACGUUGCAGAAAUUACACGCUAAAGGGUACCAACUGGUAAUUUUCUCCAACCAGAAAAAAAUCAGCAUCCAAAAGGAAAUGAAAGCAGGAAAGGCCGAUUCAAAGAGCCUGGCGAUAUUCAAAGAGAAAGUCACAGCUAUCAUGACCACGAUGGAGUUGCCCAUCAGCGUUUAUGCUGCUACCGAAGAUGACAAGUAUAGGAAGCCUCGAAUCGGUAUGUGGAAUGAGUUCGUGGACGACUAUGACCUCGACGUGGUGGGUAUUGAUAAAAAGAACUCGCUCUUCGUGGGCGAUGCCGCCGGACGCCCAAAGGAUCACUCCUCUUCAGAUCUCGGCUUCGCGGCAAAUAUUGGUCUGCCUUUCAAGACACCAGAGGUUUAUUUCGGAGGAUGCUCUGAGGAACUUGUUACGAUUUUCGACCCCACUGCAUACACGAAGACAGAGAACAGCAAAUCUCUUCCCAACGCUUUCACUCGCAAACACCCCCUCGAACUGGUAAUUUUCUGUGGCAGCCCAGCAUCAGGAAAAUCAACCUAUUUCCGGAACAAUCUAGAGCCAUUGGGCUACGAACGUGUCAAUCAAGAUAUCCUGAAGACGCGCCCGAAAUGCGUCAAAGUAGCCCGUGAACACCUUGAAGCAAAGAAAUCCGUCGCUGUCGACAACACCAACGCAGACCCGGAGACAAGACUCGUGUGGAUAACGCUAGCUAAAGAAUUGGGUGUUCCGAUUCGUUGUGUGCACCUUCUUUCUCCACCUGACCUAUGCAGGCACAACAAUGCCGUCCGCGCUGGCAACAAAGAAAUGAAUCCCGAGGCGCGCACUUCUCUUCCUGGCAUUGCGUUUGGAGAUUUCGGGCGCCGGUUUAAGGCGCCACGUCUUGAUGAGGGAUUUGAGGAUAUCAUAACCGUGGAGUUUCGGUUUGAAGGUACUGAAGAUGAGCGUAAGAUUUGGGGUCAGUAUUGGGUUUAG